GCGCUGCUGGCUGACCUGAUCACCGGCGUGGAGUUGCAGAGCGAGCACCACGGUAAUGGUGACGACCACGCCAGCGCCGACUCCGACUAUUCCUUGAGCGCUGCGGCCGCAGCGGAGCUCGGCAUGACUGCUGAGCAGCGGUGGCCCCAGGAUCCUCCUGAGGCUGCUCCGCCUACGUCUGCUCUCCUUCGCCCGAUGGCGAUGCAGAGGGUGCAGAUGCGGACUCGCCCCGCGCCGGAGGACCUUCCGGCUGCCGUGGACCGCUACGCCGUGCUCUCCGAUGCCGGCGUGCUGCUCGUGACAGGUGGCAAGCUGACGGCGGCGGCGAUGUGGCUCCCCGGCCCAUACCGUGGGGCUGCCUUGCGCCGUUAUUGGCAGCGCGUGGCGCUAGACCGUGGUGCCGCUGCCGGUGCUGAGGCCGCUGGGCGGGAUGGCCGCGCGGCGGAG